AUGGAGCCCCAAGAUCAAGAUCUAAUUGAGAAAGCUCACCAUGAGGUUGAGGAAAUUGAUCGAUUGGUGAACGAUUUCCUAGCUCGUCCAACUAGCACGUCAGGGAAAGGCGGGGAUGUUAUUUUUAAGGAUCUGUCUGUGAUCGGAGCAGGUGUUGGGUAUCAACUUGUUAACAAUGUUCCCGAGGCGUGCGUUCAACUGUUGAAGCUUGCAAAUCCAGCUACCUGGUGGUCCCGCAAGCCUACUCCAUCUCGGAUCCUGCUCCACAAGUUAACCGGCUCAAUUCGUGAGGGAGAGAUGAUGGUAGUUGUGGGGCGACCAGGCAGCGGUUGUACAACUCUUCUCAAAGCUCUAGCCAACAUGCGAGAUGAGUACCUCGGUAUGGAGGGCGAUGUCUGGUAUGGUUCGCUCAGUGCAGCGGAAGCAGAGAAAAAUAGACCCGAUCAAAUUGCAUUCGUCGGGGAAAACGAUGUUCAUUUUCCGUCGUUGUCAGUAAGCACCACGCUUAGAUUUGCCCUGAAUGCCCGCCGCGGUACCUCGCAACCAGAUCGCACAUCGAGCCUUGAGCAAGACCUACAAACUGUGUUGGAACUUAUGGGUCUCAGCCAUGCGGCUGAUGUACGUAUUGGAAGCGAUCACAUCCGCGGGGUGAGUGGUGGACAGCGUCGCCGAGUAUCUCUCGCUGAGGCGUUUUGCACGCGUGCAAGUUUGUUUUGCUUUGAUAAUCCCACACGCGGUCUGGAUUCCUCAACUGCAAUCCGCUUUCUCACUGUUCUCCGGGAAUACACGAAGCGCAGUGGAUGCUCGGCAGCAAUGUCCUUGUACCAGGCCAGCGACCUUGCUAUUUCACUAUUUGACAAGGUGCUGGUACUAAAUGAGGGUCAUGUAGCAUACUAUGGUCCCGUUUCUUCUGCCAAAGGGUACUUCGAAUCCCUCGGAUUUUACUGCUCGCCACGGACUUCCGUUUCAGACUUCCUGGCAUCCAUGUCAGGCACUCCAGAUGGUCGAAUCCCCCGCGAUGAUCUUCAGCGCCCAGUCCCUCUUCAUCCAGUUGAUUUUGCAGCCCGAUUUUGGGAGAGCAGCUUCUAUCAGCAGUCAGUCGAGCAAGCCAAGGCGCCCGAGCCCACAUCGUUGACUAUUAAACCUACUGGAUACGCUCUUCCAUUCUAUCGUCAGAUCUACGAGUGCACUAUCCGUCAUUAUCGCAUCUUUAUGACUGACAGGGCUGCCUGGAUUGCCGAAGCUGCAGGCACUAUCGUGCAGGCUCUUCUUCUCGGAACCCUGUUUAGAAACCAACGCGCUGAGACGGAGGGACUGUAUACGCGUGGCUCUGCUUUAUUCUUCUCUGUGCUCAUUAUGGGUCUGCAAGCAUCCGCUGAAUUUGGAAAUACCUUCAUUCAGCGCCCAAUCCUUUUGAAACAGAAGGCACUGAGAUUUUACCGCCCCGGAGCGUACGCGCUAGGCCAGAUUCUCGCCGAUGUCCCCUGGAAGCUGAUUUUCAUCCUCUACUCCCUUCCGAUCUACUGGAUGAUUGGAUUUGAGCGCACAGCCAGUCAUUUCUUCACAUGGUUAGUGUGUCUGUAUGUGGGCUUGAUGGCCCUUUGCGUGAUGUUCCGGGCGAUUGCGGUGUUUACAACCUCCAUCACUCGAGCUGUCCUACCAGUCGGCCUGCUGCUUAAUGUGCUCAUUAUAUACACCGGCUUCUAUGUCACCCCGCCUGGUAUGAAGGUUUGGCUCGGAUGGAUCCGGUACCUUGAUCCAAUGUACUAUAUCUUCGAAUCAAUCGCCCUGAACGAGAUUGGGAGCAGCAUGUAUCAAUGCAGCCCUCGAGAUACCGUACCCGAAGGAUUGUUAUACACGGACGCCACAUAUCAGACGUGCGCGGUGUCGGGAUCCUUGCCCGGUCAUCUAGACGUUUCCGGGAAGCUCUAUCUUCUGGCUGAAUAUGGCUUCAAGUCCCUUCACAAGUGGCGGAAUGUCGGUAUCAAUGCCGCCUUCUUCGUCUUCUUUUCGCUUCUAGUCACAAUCGGAAUGGAGAGAUUUCGCCACGCGGCUGAACGCAUGUCAACUAUCUAUUAUCAAAAGCUGCCAUGGGCGAACACCUCAACGCUCAACUUGCCAGAUAUCGAGCGCCCACAACCAACUGGCGAAAUUGGAAAAUCCGAGAAAACCUCGGAUAGCGAGUCGGCCGUCAACCAACUUGAGCCAAAUAAGCAUGUAUUUGCAUGGCAGGACCUGACGCUUGAGUUGAGUAACGGAAAGUGCUUGCUUCAAAAUGUGUCAGGCUGGCUCCAACCGGGCUCAAUGACUGCUUUGAUGGGCAUGUCUGACACCGAAAACCCAGCCGACUACCUACUGGACAUCAGUGCUGACCCCAAAGAAGACUGGUUUAUGACAUGGCAAGACUCGCCCGAGUUCAAAACUACGCAGGAUAACCUUCAACAUCUGCUCGAGAAGAAAGACGUUGCAGCCUCUGUGGGAUCUGAUCGGGCGCAUGCCGCCUCUUAUCUUGAGCAACUUCGGGUGGUCACUCAACGUGCAUUCGUCAAUUACUGGCGCGACUCGGACUAUGUGCUGGGGAAGAUCCAGCUUAACAUCUGGAUGGGCCUGAUGAACGGACUGACAUUUUUGCAACUGUCUGACAACCUGACAGACUCUCGCGGCCGUAUGUUCUCCAUCUUCGUGGGUGUCAUUACCGGGCCUGUCCUCAGUCUUCAGAUUGAGCCCAAGUUCAUCAUCCUACGGGACCAGUUCUUAGCCCGGGAGCACGAGUCGCACGUCUACCAUUGGAGUGUAUUUACAAUCAGUGCCCUGCUGGUGGAAAUCCCGUUCACUCUGCUCGGAGGCCUGAUUUACUGGCUGCUUUGGUACUACAUGGUGGGCUAUUUCACUAUCUCGACACGCGCGGGCUAUGCGUUCCUCAUGUAUGAGCUUUACUCGCUCUUUGUGGCCAGUUUGGCCCAGUUUACCGCGGCCCUGUUCCCCACCGUCCUGGCUGCGCAGGUCGCCACUGGCUUCGUGUGGUUGGUGGUUAACACUUUCAACGGCCCGCUCUCGCCGCCGCCCCUGACGCCAAGCGGCUGGCGCUGGUUCUACAACAUUUCCCCACUGUUCUAUUUCGUCGAAGGCAUCGGUACUAAUGCGAUGCAUGCGCUAGCCAUUACUUGCCAAGACUCCGAGCUAAACGUUUUCAACUCCCCACCAUCGGAGAGCUGUGGCUCCUAUGCCGGCGCGUACUUCGGCCAGUCCAAUUCGACUGGAUACCUGGUGGAUCCGAGCGCAACAGGGCGAUGCGAAUAUUGCAGCUACGCUGAUGGAGAUCAAUAUGUCAAACAAUACGACUUCAGCUAUUCCCAGAGAGGUCAUAAUGUGGGGAUCUUCAUUGGGUUUAUCCUGUUCAAUUACACGAUGGCUGUCGUUGCGACGUAUCUGAUAUUCGUCUUCAAGUGGCGGAAGCGGUCGUCAUGA